GAGAGAAUUUUUGCAUUGCAUUUAAGUUGAAUUUGAAUUACAACUUCGACCACGGAGCAGAAAGCAUUGGUUCCGCAUCGAUCCGGCCACUCGCCGGAACCCUAACUCAUUUCCCUCCAUAAAUCUCCGUCUCCGGGAGCUCGAUCGUUCUACCUGUUGCUUCUCUACCGGUUCAAGCUGCCAUUUCAGUGUCGGCAACUGAAGCGGUUCCCGAUCUCCCCUUCUGCGUUGCAUCAACAUCUACUGAUCGGUCGGUACGGCGGUUGGCAGCUUGAAAUAUGGAGGCGAUCGAGGAGCUAGCUCAGCUCGCCGACUCCAUGCGGCAGGCGAAUUCGCUGCUCGCCGAUGAGGACGUGGACGAGAGCUCACCGUCUUCAUCCAGACGGCCUUCUACCUUCCUUAAUGUCGUUGCUCUCGGCAAUGUCAGUGUUGGGAAAUCUGCUGUUUUGAAUAGUCUGAUUGGUCAUCCAGUCCUGCCAACUGGUGAGAAUGGCGCUACUCGGGCACCCAUAUCCAUUGAUUUAACGAGGGAUGGCUCUUUAAACACCAAGUCAAUUGUUCUGCAAAUUGACAGCAAAUCUCAGCAGGUGUCUGCAAGUGCACUUCGGCAUUCUCUGCAAGAUAGACUAAGCAAGGGUUUGUCCGGAAGGAGUAGGGAUGAAAUACAUCUAAAACUUCGAACUAGUACAGCUCCUCCACUGAAACUGAUUGAUCUACCUGGAUUGGAUCAAAGAUUCAUGGACGAUUCAAUGAUCAGUGAAUACGCGCAGCAUAAUGAUGCUAUUCUACUAGUUAUAGUACCUGCUGCUCAGGCACCAGAAAUUUCAUCAACUGGAGCCCUUAAGAUGGCCAAAGAGUACGAUUCAGAAAGUACUAGAACUAUUGGUGUCAUUAGUAAAAUUGAUCAAUCUGCAUCAGACUCGAAAGCGCUGGCAGCUGUUCAGGCUCUCCUACUAAAUCAAGGGCCACCAAAAACAUCUGAUAUUCCUUGGGUUGCUUUAAUAGGACAAUCAGUUUCUAUUGCUUCCGCGCAAUCUGGAGGGUCUGAAAGCUCCUUAGAAACUGCUUGGCAAGCGGAGAGUGAAAGUCUAAAAUCCAUACUAAGUGGAGCCCCUCAGAGCAAGCUUGGAAGAGUUGCUCUGGUGGAUGCCCUUGCUGGUCAGAUUCGUAAUCGGAUGAAACUGAGGCUUCCGAAUCUUCUCUCUGGGCUUCAAGGUAAGUCUCAGGUUAUCCAGGAUGAGUUGGUUAGGUUUGGUGAGAGUAUGGUUAGCAGUGCUGAAGGUACAAGAGCUCUAGCUUUAGAGCUUUGUCGUGAAUUUGAGGACAAGUUUCUCCAACAUAUAACUGGUGGUGAAGGCAGUGGUUGGAAAAUAGUUGCAAGUUUUGAGGGUAAUUUUCCUAAACGGCUCAAGGAGCUUCCCCUGGACAGGCACUUUGACAUUAGUAAUGUCAAAAGGAUUGUAUUAGAGGCCGAUGGUUAUCAACCUUAUCUUAUUUCUCCAGAGAAAGGGCUGAGAUCUUUGAUAAAGAGCGUGCUUGAGAUGGCAAAAGAACCAUCACGACUCUGUGUUGACGAGGUGCAUCGUGUAUUGGUGAACAUUGUUUCUGCUGCAGCUGGUGCAACUCCAGGUCUUGGAAGAUAUCCUCCUUUUAAAAGAGAGGUUGUUGCAAUAGCAAGUGCUGCAUUGGAUAACUUCAAGAAUGAGGCCAAGAAAAUGGUUGUUGCACUUGUUGACAUGGAGCGUGCAUUUGUUCCUCCUCAGCACUUCAUCCGACUGGUACAAAGGCGAAUGGAAAGGCAACGCCGAGAGGAAGAGCUCAAGGGUCGAUCCUCCAAAAAAGCACUUGAAGCUGAGCAGUCUAUCUUGAAUAGGGCUACAAGUCCUCAAACAGGGGUUCAACAAAGUGGAGGUAGUUUAAAAUCCACGAAAGAUAAAACAAAUCAGCAAGAUAAGGAUUCCCAGGGGGGUCCGAUACUGAAGACUGCAGGUCCUGAAGGGGAGCUUACUGCAGGAUAUUUGCUGAAGAAAAGUGGCAAAACAAAUGGAUGGAGCAGGAGAUGGUUUGUUCUGAAUGAGAAAACCGCAAAGCUCAUGUACGCCAAAAAGCAAGAAGACCGACUUUUCCGUGGCACCAUCACUUUGGCGGAAUGUAGUAUUGAAGAAGCUUCUGAUGACGAGGAAGGUUCCUCAAAGAGGUCUAAGGACAAAAAGUCGAAUGGACCAGAUUCUAGCAAGGGUCUGGUUUUCAAGAUCACUAGCAAGGUUCCCUAUAAGACUGUAAUGAAAGCGCACAGUGCAGUUAUUCUGAAGGCUGAGAGUGUGGCUGAGAAGAAUGAGUGGCUAAAUAAGUUGAGCAAUGUUGUCCAGUCCUCUGCAGGAAGUCAAGGAAAAGGUGAAUCUGGUCACUCUCUGAGGCAAAGCCUUUCUGAGGGCUCUUUGGAUACAAUGACUAGAAGGCCUGCUGAUCCAGAGGAAGAACUUCGCUGGAUGUCCCAAGAAGUACGUGGUUACAUUGAAGCUGUUCUAAACAGCCUUGCAGCAAAUGUUCCAAAAGCAGUUGUUCUUUGCCAAGUGGAAAAGGCCAAGGAAGACAUGCUUAAUCAACUGUACAGUUCAAUCAGUUCUCAAAGCUCAGCGAAAAUAGAAGAAUUGCUUCAAGAGGACCGGAACGUAAAACAUAAGAGAGAGAAGUACCAGAAGCAGGCAUCCUUGCUUUCGAAGCUUACUAGGCAGCUCAGCAUUCACGAUAACCGAGCUUCUGCCGCAUCUAACUGGUCUGACAACACCAAUGGUGCAGAAAGCAGCCCGAGAACAGCCGACCCUUCAUCAGGUGAUGACUGGAGGUCUGCGUUUAAUGCGGCUGCCAAUGGACCCACUGAUACUUCUGGGUUUGGGACGAGCCACAGCCGUAGGUACAACGAUUCCGCUCAGAAUGGUGAUGUGAGCUCCCGGUCGAGCUCUGCAGGCCGGCGCACAGCGAAUCGAUUGCCACCUGCCCCACCUCGGUAGUAGAUUGACAGAUGAAGCGCGUUACGCAUCGUAAUGUCAAAACGAAGGCGUUCUUCGUGGGCCUGGGUCUGUCACUCGUUCUCAGCCAUUUUCGAGCAUCUGUUUGGAAUAGCAUAUGGUGCUUAUUAUGCAGCUGUCUGUUGUAGGAAAGCAGAAUCGGUGGUAAUAUGUAGAUAGAUUGAUACCCGUGAUCAAUGAUGAUUUGAUUUUGAGACUCGUAGCCGGGAAUCCUUUUGAUUGGAGAUGAUACUUAUAUAUGUGAUUCCGAGGGGUUACCUUUUGUCGGGUUUGUUUGCUGGUGGCAAUCCAUUUUUCUCGCUGUUUUCGGCUUGUUUAUUACUGAGACGGGUUGGGGAAUAUGUCAUCCCCAGUAUACUUCUUUGUAAUAGAUCCAGUAAAAGUUUCUAUCUUCCUCGUUUUGAAUGAUUGUGAAGACGUUUCCUCGCUUGUAGAGGAUGACUAUGUUUACAUCGA